UCAACCCUCGUUCUCUUUGAGCACAUUGUGACCUUCUCUGACGAGGUUCACGUCAUCUGGCGGGCUAGGUUGACCACUGUCAUGGUCAUGUUUGUCCUCAACCGUUAUCUGCUCAUGAUACGGGUCGUUAGUAAUGCACUGACUGUCUCCUCGUGGCACACUCCACUGGUAAGUCAUGUAGUGUCGUGCUGCGAGUGUAUCGAGCACUCACAAUCUAUGCGCACACAGAGGUGA